GUAUUUUCAGGUCAUUGUGCUGCAUUGAAAACCAUUGAGUUCCGCGAAACGUCGAGUUGGUUUGAGAAAAGUGAAGAUCUCGCCGCGUAGUCUCUUAUUCUAGAGUAAUUCAUUACGCUAUGAGUGCUUUUCUAGUAAGACUCGAUUAUGGUCUUAGGGACCUGUCUUACGUUGAAAUAGGUAAAAUCGGAUCGACUUCCCUAAAUCCUUGGGAGAGCAUAGCAGCCGUUUUUUACAUCGACUUGUCCGAAGCAAACGAUAACGUGGGGAAAUUCCACGAGUUGAAGUUUAAGCGUGUUCCCCUGCACGUUCAUCGAGUGGCACGUGGGACAAAACUCGGAGAGCCAUGUCCGAAGAAAGAUCAUUUGAAGGGCAUAUUUGUGAUAGAAGCUGUUCCUUGGGGAGACUUCAUUUUGGACGUAUCGAAAAAGCAAUUGCUCGAUUUGAACAUGAAAUUGCGCAUUAAUCAAGAGUGGUGGUGUGUUGAGCGCAAAGACACUCGUGCACUGAAUCAUGGAGACAUCAUUGAGAUCUUCUAUCGUCGACUUCCGUACGCCCGAUUCAUGUUGCUGCUUCCUGAGGAUGGACGUGGUUCGAAUGACCAGCAGACUUCGCCUCUGCUUUCAUGUCCUUGGCUCGUUCUUAAAAACAUUUUCGAGUAUAUGACCCCUUUCGAAACAAUGGAAAAUGUUGUCCCGGUAUGCCGAAGAUUUUUUGAACUUGUGAAGAAUGGAGGUAUUUGGUCCAAUGUCGACCUAACCAAGCCUGAGCUUUUUGGUGUCGCAGCCAUGCCCUGGGGGCACACAGAUGACUUUCGGCACGUUUUAGCCGGAAAUGUGCGGAGACUUGCGGUGGACUUCAAGGUCCGAGAAAUGCAACGACUGUGUUUGCCAGAAUCAAACGCUGAUCGUCCAUUGUUCAAAGCUGAUGACAGGAAGAAUUUGAAGGCGCUUGAAAUUUAUUCCUGGGGUGCUGGGCGUUUCGUGAUGAAAUUUCUGAAAAGCGAAGCUUUGGGAAAAUUGAAAUUACUGACGAUUCGUGAUUGGCCGUUCGACGGCAGCUUCUUGCAUACAGCUAGCAAUGAGAACCUUGUCCUACCCAACUGUGAACAAGUCACUCUGCCAUUGAAGAUAUUGCAUUUGAUCGAUGCCGAGGAAAUCUCAAUGCGAGUGAAUUCGAGUUCCAGGGAGUUUCUUCAUUUCCUUGGCUUUGGAGAGCUUCGAAGUCUUCAUGCCAUACGCCUUCCCAUUGAAAUGAAUGAGACCGCUUGGAACCUGGCUGAAAACUUGGGAACUUUCGAAAACCUGGAUUCCCUCAGUUUACGAGAGGACAUAUUCAAGAAAAUGCCAGUGUCUUUUGAGACACGUUUUCUUUUUCCAAAGUUGAAGUCCUUCUUGCUACGAGAUGCAGCACCAGGAAGUGCAGUCAGUCGUUUAUUCGAAAUGCCGUCAUUGAAAAGGCUCUGGAUCAGGUGUGCUCAGCCAAACCAAAUGGCUGAACCAACACGACUUCAUGCCUUUGAUGAAAGCCCCAAGGAAUGGCUUGAACAUCUGACGUUUGUCGCUGUCGAUUUGUGGGAAACAUACAUUCCGUAUUCAAAAAUGAUCAACCUGGAGUGUGUGGGGCUGUUUUUCCAACACAAGGGGGUUUCCAGAUCCCUAGAAAGUGUUGUUGAUGAACUUGGGGCGUGCUCCAAGCUCAGAGGACUGGUUCUACAUGUGCCAGAGGCUCUUCCUUGUGAUGCCCUCAGUGAAUUGCCUCAACGAUUGGAGUUCGCUGCAUUUUCCGGAGUCAAUGGCUGUUGCUUGGUUUCCGCGUUGAAAAUUUUCGCUGAGAGUCAAAAGUCGCUGAAGGACUUGUGGAUUCAUGUGCCAGAUCCGGAGGAUUUCGGAAAAAUUCUCCAAGCCGUGAAGACGUUCAAAGUACUCGAAAAUGUUCUUCUUGUGUUCAGAGGGAAUUCUUUUUCCACGCACAAUUUCGAAUCCUACAAACAUGCCAUGAAAAAGUAUUUGGUGUCAUCAUCAUGCGACAGAGGACUGAUGAGUGGCUUCGAUCAAGAUUUUUCCGUGAAGCAAGCUACUUUGUUUAAUGAUAAGUCUUUUGCAUCAUUCACCUACAACUUUGAGCUGGAGAGAGAGAUUCGGUUUUCUUCUUCAUCCAUUACAAAAUUCUUCAGCUGGUUGAAGUACAUUCCAAGUAGCCGUGGUUUCAAUGACGAAUCUUCGGUGUUCGCAUUGGUUCCUUCCAUCUUUCCGUAUGCGAACCAAUUGAGUGAAUUUGACUGAUUGAUUUUUUUUAAAUUCUUCUUCAAAAUUUCAUAAUAAUUUUAUUCAUCAGUUUUUAUUGAAGUGUACUGGAUUGUCCCGUUUGGUGGCAUGGCAGUGCUGUGGGAUUGGAAAAUGCUGAGCCUGAGAUUACAUGUGAUAGAAACUCCCA